GGGGCGGGGGAGGCGGAUGAGGAGGAUGAGAUCAUAGCUUCAGGAUCCUCAGGAAACCCUGGUACAGGCAGCAGCCAGCCUCCGCUGUGCCCACAUGACCCACAACUCUGGCAGCGGACCGGGCACUUCCAACAUUACUAAAUAAUCAGAGAGCGGUUCCCAUUCAAGGCCCACACCUCCCUGCAGACGAUGGACACCUUCUAAGAGUUUGGCGAGUGGGUGACCCAGGCGCCCGUCCAUUGCAAGAUAAAUAGGAUUUACAAGCACCAGGGAACACUUGAGAAGCCUUCAAAUGCCACAAUCAACUGUUACUUCAAAAAAAACUAAAUAGAUGGUUCUGGGAGGUCCAUGCUGUUUCUUCAUUGAAUUUUAGAAUGAUUGAAGAUAGCGGGAAAAGAGGGACUACCAUGGCAGAGAGAAGACAGCUGUUUGCAGAGAUGAGGGCUCAAGAUCUGGAUCGUAUCCGACUCUCCACCUACAGAACAGCAUGCAAGCUGAGAUUUGUGCAGAAGAAAUGCAAUUUGCACCUGGUGGACAUCUGGAACGUCAUCGAAGCCUUGCGGGAAAAUGCUUUGAAUAACCUAGACCCAAACAUAGAACUCAAUGUGGCCCGCCUGGAGGCUGUGCUCUCCACCAUUUUUUACCAGCUCAAUAAACGGAUGCCGACCACUCACCAAAUCCACGUGGAGCAGUCCAUCAGUCUCCUGCUGAACUUCCUGCUUGCAGCCUUUGACCCGGAAGGCCAUGGUAAAAUCUCAGUAUUUGCUGUCAAAAUGGCUUUGGCUACAUUGUGUGGAGGGAAGAUCAUGGACAAGUUAAGAUAUAUUUUCUCAAUGAUCUCUGACUCCAGUGGGGUGAUGGUGUAUGGAAGAUACGACCAGUUCCUUCGGGAAGUUCUCAAACUUCCCACAGCUGUUUUUGAAGGUCCUUCAUUUGGCUAUACAGAACAGUCAGCCAGAUCCUGCUUCUCCCAACAGAAAAAGGUCACCUUAAAUGGCUUCUUGGACACGCUCAUGUCAGAUCCUCCUCCACAGUGCCUGGUCUGGCUGCCUCUUCUGCAUCGACUGGCAAAUGUAGAGAAUGUCUUCCAUCCAGUGGAGUGUUCCUACUGUCACAGCGAGAGCAUGAUGGGAUUUCGCUACCGAUGCCAGCAGUGUCACAACUACCAGCUCUGCCAGGACUGCUUCUGGAGGGGCCAUGCCGGAGGUUCCCAUAGCAACCAGCACCAAAUGAAAGAGUAUACAUCAUGGAAAUCUCCUGCUAAGAAGCUAACGAAUGCAUUAAGCAAGUCCCUGAGCUGUGCUUCAAGCCGAGAACCUUUGCACCCCAUGUUCCCAGAUCAGCCUGAAAAGCCACUCAACUUGGCUCAUAUCGUUGAUACUUGGCCUCCAAGACCUGUAACGAGCAUGAACGACACACUCUUCUCCCACUCGGUUCCCUCCUCAGGAAGUCCGUUCAUCACUAGGAGCUCUCCUCCCAAGGACAGUGAAGUAGAACAGAACAAAAUGCUGGCUAGGGCUGCUCCAGCCUUUCUGAAGGGCAAAGGGAUACAGUACAGCCUGAAUGUGGCAGACAGGCUAGCUGAUGAACAUGUUCUCAUUGGGUUGUAUGUCAACAUGCUCCGGAACAACCCAUCAUGUAUGCUUGAGAGUUCAAACCGGCUUGAUGAAGAACACAGGCUGAUCGCCAGGUAUGCGGCACGCCUGGCAGCAGAGUCCUCCUCAUCCCAGCCAACUCAGCAGAGGAGUGCUCCCGACAUCUCCUUCACCAUCGAUUCAAAUAAACAGCAAAGGCAGCUGAUUGCAGAGCUAGAAAACAAGAACAGAGAAAUCCUACAAGAGAUCCAGAGACUUCGGCUAGAGCAUGAGCAAGCUUCUCAGCCCACACCGGAGAAGGCACAACAGAACCCAACCUUGCUGGCAGAACUGCGACUCCUCAGACAACGCAAGGAUGAGCUAGAACAGAGGAUGUCUGCGCUCCAGGAGAGCCGGAGGGAGCUGAUGGUCCAGCUGGAAGGGCUCAUGAAGCUGCUCAAGACCCAGGGGGCAGGCUCCCCUCGCUCCUCCCCCAGCCACACCGUCAGCAGGCCCAUUCCCAUGCCCAUCCGGUCCGCAUCUGCCUGCUCCACCCCAACGCACACCCCUCAGGACUCUCUCACUGGGGUAGGGGGAGAUGUGCAAGAGGCCUUUGCACAAAGUUCAAGAAGGAAUUUAAGGAAUGACUUGCUGGUAGCCGCAGAUUCCAUCACUAACACUAUGUCCUCGCUGGUGAAAGAGCUGAAUUCAGAGGUGGCGAGUGAAACAGAAAGUACUGAGGAUUCUGAAUUUGCAAGAACUCAGUUUGAAGGUCUGGUUCCAUCACCAACCUCUGAAAAGGCUUUUCUAGCCCAAAUCCACGCCCGAAAACCCGGGUACAUCCACGGUGGAGCUGCAAGUAGCAUGCACGGCGACAUCGUCCCGGAAGAUGGGGAUUCUUACGUACAACCCGAGGAUGAGAACUAUGAGAACGAGUCUGUGCGGCAGCUGGAGACUGAGCUGCAGAUGGAGGAGUACCUGAAACAGAAACUGCAGGACGAAGCCUUCCAGGUCAGCUUGCAAGGUUGAAUGCAAUAUCCCUUUCUCACUCUCCUCUCAAGCAAGCUAUAGUCAGACAGAUGAUGAGAGUAACAUGACAUCCGGUGACGGAGAGAGCUGCGCCUGCAGAGAGGAGGAAGACAGCAGCGUGGCAGCAGCCUCACCCUCGCUCGCUCGGAGAGAGGAGCCACCACAUCCAGCACCUCCAGCAACCCCCUCCCCUAAAGAUGUGUUCCGAUGCCUGUAGUGCAGCUAGCUUUCCUUUCCAAGAUUUGUAGUUCAUAGGUGUGUGUUUUAGAGGGGGGUGGGGGGACAAGACUUCUGUUCCUAGACAAUUUAUCAACUCCAUCUCCUGUAACACGGCUCAUCCCUGGUUCAGAGCAAACACCCGGCGGCUGAGAGCCUGCUGCUGUUACACUGUAUCGACGAGCGUUUUCAACCUUCACACACAAUAUUGAACCCGUUCAGUUUACAGUGACAAUAUUAAUACUGUUUGUAGCUAGAAGUUUCAUUUCUGGAUUUUUUGAGAUUUUUAGCAAAGACCCGUCUUAUUAUAUACUACACACUCCCCCCCCCACCCCCCAGCAACUGAAGGGGAAGAAAACAACAACCUGCAAUAGGAUUUGGUUUCUGAGUGUCCAGACUCAGAACCCAGAAGCCAAGGAGGGUCCUUGGCCUGCCCGGGUCUCCAAAUCCCUAUGAAAAAAUGACUUAAACCUACCACCAGAAAUAAUGGGUUCUUGAGGGCUUAUUUCCAACUUCGGGUUAUUUUCCUUCAAGAUACUCUAGUGAGUCAGCCAUAGAAUUUAAUGUAAAUACUUUUCCAAAUAGAUAUCAUAUUAAAAAGAGAGAGAAAAAAAACAUUCAAAUGAUAUAGAAUCUAGUUUUUAAAAUCAGCACAGAUCUUCCUAAAAACUGUGAACUUGUUUUGGAAUACUCGUUACUAAAGCUGUUUAUAAACCACACGUGCCAUAAGACCCCCACGGACCCCCGUUCUUUGCACUCCUCCAGGUCUCGCUCUCCACGGCGUACCCUUAGGAAGCAUGUCUUACCCCACACCGCUCAUUGACAAGUCCCCUCAUCGGCUAGUUCCGAGGCCUUCAGCUUUAAACGUAUGGGCUUAAAGUGCGCUUGCAGACUUCACCCGCUUUUCUUUCUGAAUGUCGAUUGCCUUACCUGACCGCCUGUUGUUCUGCAUGCGGCGUUGUGUGGUCCUGCGAAAGGAGACAGGCCCUUCCGUGUGGGAUUGGGAUUUCACGCUCAGUGUGAAGCUGGUGUGCGAAAGAACGGUCAAAGGCAAGAGGAUAAGAGCCUGCGGACGGUCCUUCACGAGGCCCCUCAGUAGAAGAGACCUCAAAAGGGCCUCUCGUAGUGAUGCUGGGGAAAAUGGAAAAGUCAUUGUUUAUCCCAAGAUCCCGUGUACAAGGAAAAGGAGAAGCCAGACACCUGCUAGCUGUCUUAAGCUAGCAGCCUCUCUGGAAUUCCUGGGUUUUUCUUCUAAAAGAAAGAAGGGAACAUCACCGCAGAACAAUGAUUCUCAGAGUGUGUCCCUCAGACCAGCAAUGUUCUUCAUGUCACCAAAAGUCUUAGCAAUGCAGUUUCCUAGACUCCAGCCCAGACCCAUUGAAUCUGAAACUCUUGGGUCUGGGCCUAGUGACCCAUGUGUUCAUCAGUCCUCCUAACAAUUCUGAAGUAGGCUAUAAGAUAGAAAGCACUGGUCUUGCACAGAGCUGUACAGCAAAGGCUGGAAAAAGCCUUAGCCAGGCUAGGUGGUAACUCAGUUGGUCAAAUGCUUGCCUAGCAUACACAAAGCCCUGGGUUCAAACUUCCAGAGCUCUGUAAACCUGGCACGAUGACACAUGCCUGUGAUCCCAGCACUCAGGAGAUGGAGGCAGGAAGAUCAAGAGUUUGAGGUCAUCCUCAGCUACAUAGUGAGUUUAAGACCAGCCUGGGAUACAUGAGACCCUGGCUUGAAGGAGGGGGUGAAGUGUUCAGAAUAAAUAGAAAUGCUGUAAGCGGACCUCAGAUUUAAUUUUGCUCACUGGGCUGGCAAAAGCCUCCUCCAACCCUGUACACCUAGUCCGUAUUGAGUGGCUGAUGACUCACUUCCUGGCCCGACUCUGCAGAGGGCUGUUGGAUGCUCUUGCCUCUGCAUUUGGUCAGAAGCCUUCUCCUUGGCUGCCCUUUGAAACAAAAUUGUUUGCCUUGAGGAUAGCUGAGAGAUUGGUUGGCAUCAGUAGAGGACCCCGUGCUGUCCCUGGGUAUUAUUUAUCUAUUUCUCUCGAGAAAACCCGCCUCGCAAAAUUCCCUGAGCACAGGCUAGCACCAAAGUUUCACAACUGCACAGUUCUCUGAUGUCUUUGCACAGGUGGAUUGUUUUUUGGUUUUUGGUUUUUGGGUUUUUUUUUUUUUGCCGGUUUUGUUGGUGUGUCUUAACGUUCAUCUCUUCCCCUGCCCAUCCUCUGUGAAAUCACACCUCUCUAGAUGGUGCAGGUGGCCAUUGGUGCCUCAUACUCAGUACUGAAAACCACUACAUCCCAGAUACCUGCAUUUCUGUCAGCUCAACAUCAGAUCUCAGAGCCUGCCGGAGGCCCUCAGCCACUAACUGGACAGAGCUGACCCAUGUUGUUUCUUUGGUUUUCUACAUCAAAUGUGUGUCUAAGGUUGGAACCAUUCUCCUGACAACCUCCCCUCUUGUCAUGGCUCCCAUUGCUAAGCAGCUCCAUCCCAUGAUCUAGACUCCGUUGUACAAAGCCAUUACAGGAACUCUCUGGAAACCACUACCAGUGAGCAAUUUCUCACUAACCAGCCACCUUUUCUUUCUCUUAGCUCCACGUCAGCACUGAGACCAGAUUCAAGCACCCCUAUCCUGUAACCGAGACAAAAUGGCGUGUGUUGUUUUGGGGUUUUGUGAUUGUCGGUGGAUUUCUUUCCUUGGCUCUCCAAAUUUACUUUUGGGGCCUGUUCUAAUUGCAAACCCAGCAGGUUUCGUCUACCCUGUCUGCCCUUCUCAACUGUAUCUCACAGGGGUUGUUCUUUUAUCCCACAAUGAAUCGCACACCCAUGUCCAUCAGAGCGUAUGAACGAGCACUGGUCUAACACCGCCAAACCUCCCCCACAGCGUUGUGGUCAGGAGGUGGCUGAGAUCUACUGUAUAGGAUUCAGGAAUUGGUUGUGGUUUGUCGGGAUGGAAGUUGGGGUAAGUUUGGUUGGUCAGAGGGAGACGUGUGGGAGAUUACGAAGAUGGAUUACCGUAUGAUCUAGAAUAAGGCAGGGAAGGUUCAUUUGUAAGUAGUAAUGUGAACUGAAUUGCAUUAAGAUUGUGGCCUUUGUGUGAUAUAUACUAUGUAUUUUCUUAUAUGCAUGAGCCAAACUGUUGCGAUAUAAGUUAGCACUGGUGUCUGCUCUUAUUUUGACCAUCUUCGUCCACCAUUAUUAGUUCUUGGCUGUUAAGUGUAGAUAGAUCUUGUAAAUAUGGCAACCUUUGGUUGCUGCGUUCACUUUGGUUCAAUUCCACACAAGGAACCACAAGCAAAGAACUCCACUGUGUCCUUAGAAGACAGGGCAUUUUUACUUUGAACCAAAAAAAGGAAAGAAAAAUCAGAAGCAUUCAUUGCAUCUUGAAGCUAAUAAACAUAAGACAUUUUAAAUUGUGACUACUGUAAUUUGACCCCAUUUGAAAUAACCAAUUCAGAAACACUAAAGAGUAUACAAUAUUCAUUGGGAUUGUAACAAAACUACUAUAAUAUGUUGUUUUGUUGAUAUUGCUGUUGAGUAUUGUUUUGUGUGUGUAUGUGUGUGUGCGUGCACGCGUGCGUGCGUGCGUGUGUGUGUGUGUGUGUGUGUGUGUGUUGUGUCUGUGUGUGUUGGAACCUCCUGGGGACAUGUUAUAUUUUGAAGUGAUUAAACUAUUUAAUUGUGUGUCUAUAUUUUGGAAUGAAAUUAUUUCUUCAUUAAAAAUGUUUUUUAAAACA